AUGUCUGAUGAUUCCAUCACUUACUCAACUAAAUCAUCAGAUGAUGACAACAACAAAGAGGAGGAGGUUGACCAGGCAAGUUCUGUUCAGGAAAGUUCAAAAUCGGUGAGGAGUGGCAUGAAGGUUCUUAUGAGACAGUCAACGAGGAAAGGACAUAGACUGAUGAAGAUGAGAUCUAUGAAGCGUGUAACUUUCCUGAGGAAGAAGAAUCUUGAUUUGAUUUCCAGGAAGGACUUAGGAGGGUUAUUAGAGCCUCGUUACUUGAGACCAACAAGCUCUUCAGCUUCCAAGAAUGUGGAAAACAUUCAGAAGAAUCUCCAAGCAGCUAGGUUGAAGAGAAUGACGGGUUUGAGACACAAAAGGUUGCUGAAAGCUACUUGUUCUUCAGCUAUGAAAGGUUCUUCUCCUUCUUCUAAGAAGAGUGAUGAUGUGUGCAAGUAUAAGUAUUGUUCUCUCCACGGUCAGCCUCAUAGCCACGCUGCAGAUAAUAUAUAA